AGGUCUCUGACCUCCUCCCUAUAGGCUGUCUCAUCGUUGUCGGUGAUCAGGCCUACCACUGUUGUGUCAUCAGCAAACGUUUUUUUUAGUUUAUGUGUUUUAUUUUAUAUGAUAUCGUUCUACCUCUUAUCCGGGAUAUUGUGUUUACGUUUCUUAUUUAAUACCUCGUCCAGCAGGUGGCGGUAAUGCACCUUAACAUUGGAUGUCAACCGCCGUUAAACUCCAUCGAAGAAGAAGACACUUUCCCUUCAUCGGAUCAUUGUUUAAAUCACAAGGAGAGUUACAGAGGAAGUAUCUUUAAUAAGGUUGGAUGAAAUGGAUUGUAAUCUUAUUGCUACAUCUGUGAAGUUGUAAGAAGAACGGAAAAGCGAAUUGAAAACAUUAUACAGUUCUAUCUCUGCAGUCAUCUACCUAUGAUACCCGUAGCAUUGGUUUGGUAUCGGUAACUCCCGGUACAAUCAGCGGCCACUUGUCUGCAUUUUCAAUACUAUUUUUACAAUCGUAUCUAUUUUAAUGCAUACUAUCGCUUAUAUUCGCGCUUUGUUGUAUGGUGUAAGACGUCUGUGAAGUUGUGAAAUAGUGUUUACGUGAUGCAGGCUACAGUACAGUAACUUUAGCAUGCUACUGUACAGUAGUUUAUUUUCGGUUCCAGUGUAUAACAGUUUUAUUCAACAUGUAUCAGUCAUGGAUUAGCUAAUACAUGUAUUAUGUUAUCUAGUUUAAUGGUGUGAUAAUCGGGAUAUUUGCCUUGCAUUUCAAUCUACACAUGAAUAUGGGUCUGCAAUGUAUUGCAAUGUUAGGUAGGCUACUCAAUUCCCUUGGCAUUCUGCAAGCAUGAAUACUUUACAAUAAUGGAAGAUAUGCAUUGUGUUAAUCUUACUAUUUGUCCAUGUAUUGAAUGAUACACAGCUUUCCAUAAAUGCAGUGUGGACUUUUUACAGAUGAAACCCCUUCCAUUAUGACACUCCUUCCUGUAUCUGUCAUAAAGGCCUAUGCAUUCUUUGUCCUAUAGUUACACAACUAAAUCUAGUAUCUGUCACUUACCUUUCAUGCUGUAGAUCUGCUAUCAUGGUGCUAAGAAUGUUUAGUACUGUAUCUGUCACUUAUGUAUUCUCUGUAUGUAUAAGGUAUGAACCCUUGGACAUACAGGUACCUCCAGCGCUCCCUCCUGCCUCACAUUCGGCCCCUGUCCCUGGUGAUCUACUCCAGGCCCCCUUGUAUCCACCCCAGGCUUCUGAACUUGCCCCAGUGGGGUGAAGACCAGAAGAGGGUGAUGUCCUUCCUGCCUCUCUCUCUCUCUCCCUUAAAUGCAGCUGGUGAUUCCAGAGAGCCGGCGGGCAUCUCUCAACAAGAAGCAGCAGUGGAUUGACCGGAUGCUGUUUACCAGGAGCCUCCUACAGAGCUCACAGUUCAUCACUGUCCUUUCCCUGGUGGGGUGAAGGCCAGAAGAGGGUGAUGUCCUUCCUGUCUCAGAAUGUGCUGGGUGGAGAAGUUCAGUGAUGUUCCACAGUGCAAGAAUUUCUUCAUGCAGGGAACAACUCCAAAUCUCCCAGGUAUUUUGGUUGGUGGGACAGUCCAGGACCAGAGCCGCUACAAGCCAAUCUGCCAGUUGUUCAACAACUUCUACAGGUUUGCAACUCUCUACGACACGACCAACAGGAUCCCUGUGUUCUCAGCCUACACCUUCACUGGUCCUCCUAUGAGCCCCAGACCAAAUCAACCCUGGAUGAUCGAGCCCCAGCUCAACGGGGUAAACAACAGCCCUGAAAUGAAGAUGAUGGGAGAACACUAUCAACACCAGGCUGGGAACUACGACUAUAAGAACUCAAUACAAAAUAAAGGGGUGAACAGAGGUCACCUCUUCCCAAAUUCACAUGCUCAUUACCUUGAUACUCAGAAGUCCACCUUUACCCUGACCAACAUCGUUCCCCAGGUGGUGUCCUUCAACGAUGGCAGCUGGAAGGAAAUGGAGAGAAAUGUCAGAGAAAAGCUGAUGACGGACUGUUUUAGUAACAGGAAGAUAAAGGCCUAUGUGGUGACUGGAGCGGUGCCCAGUAAGAGCAACACACUGAAGAACGCAUUGAACAACACACUGAACGCAUUGAACAACACACUGAAGAACGCAUUGAACAACACACUGAACGCAUUGAACAACACACUGAAGAACGCAUUGAACAACACACUGAACAACACACUGAACAACACACUGAAGAACGCAUUGAACAACACACUGAACGCACUGAACAACACACUGAACAACACACUGAAGAACGCACUGAACGACCGAGUGAACAUCCCAGAUCUCAUGUGGACAGCCUACUGCUGUUUGAACAAGAAGAAAAAGUGGAUGGCCGAAGCACACUGGGGGUGGAACAAGAAGGUAAAGAGGAAAACAUUGAAACCAGAAACCUUGGGAGCACUCGAAAAGGAGUUGAACCAAUUUCACCAAGGUGGUCGUGUCCAGGUGUUCCCAAAGGAUUGUCCAAGAGGUCCUAAACCUACCACUACCUCUAACCAACCCAGUUGGAAGAAUUCUCUUAAAAUCAUUUCUUCCACAGUCAGGAAUCUUUACAAUUCCAUGAUGAAUAGAAUUGGAUGAUCAAGGUACAGAUGCUCAGACUAUAUCAACAAACUAUCAACUAAACUCUGUUGAAAUGAUGUUGAUAUGCAAACACUUGUUACGGUUAGAGUAAUGAUUAUAGUGGUUAUAGGGGUAAUACGGGUUAUAGUGGUAAUAAGGGUUAUAGUGGUAAUAAGGGUAAUACGGGUUAUAGGGGUAAUAAGGGUUAGGGGUAAUAAGGGUUAUAGUGGUUAUAGGGGUAAUAAGGGUUAUGGGGGUAAUAAGGGU